UCCCCCCAGAACACCACUGCCCCCCGCUCCUCACUCGUGCGCCCCGCCGCCUCCGACAAACCCCCACAACCCGAACCCUCGCCGCCGCUGGCAAUGGCGGACUCGCCGGCGCAGUUCCGGGGCCAGGCGCGCCUCCCGCGCUUCGCGGCCCCGCUCCGCUACGACCUCCGCCUCCGCCCCGACCUCCCCGCCUGCACCUUCUCCGGCGCCGCGGCCAUCGCCGUCGCGGUGUCCGCGCCCACCCGCUUCCUCGUCCUUAACGCCGCCGAGCUCGACGUCGACCGCGCCUCCAUCCGAUUCCAGGAUCUGGUGCCGUCUGAGGUUGUCCAAUUCGAGGAGGAUGAGAUCCUGGUCCUCGGAUUCGAUCGGGAGCUGCCCAUCGGCGAGGGCGUGCUCACCAUGGACUUCACCGGGACUCUCAACGAUCAGAUGAGGGGAUUCUACAGGAGUAAAUAUGUGUACAAUGGGGAGUCAAGAAACAUGGCAACUACACAGUUUGAAGCUGCUGAUGCGCGGCGGUGCUUUCCAUGUUGGGAUGACCCUGCAUUUAAGGCUAAGUUCAAGCUAACUCUAGAAGUUCCAUCUGACCUGGUAGCAUUAUCCAACAUGCCAGUGGUUAAGGAGACAGUCAGUGGACCUACAAAGACUGUUUAUUAUGAGGAAUCUCCACUUAUGUCAACCUAUCUUGUGGCUAUAGUUGUUGGCUUAUUUGACUACAUAGAGAGCUCAACAUCAGAGGGGACCAAAGUUCGCGUGUAUACUCAAGUUGGCAAGACUAAUCAAGGAAAGUUUGCGCUGGAUGUUGCCGUGAAGUCACUGGAUCUAUAUAAAGAUUAUUUUGCCACUCCUUAUCCGCUGCCUAAGUUGGAUAUGAUUGCUAUUCCGGAUUUUGCUGCUGGGGCCAUGGAGAACUAUGGGUUAGUCACUUACCGUGAUACAGCUUUGCUGUAUGAUGAGCUACUGUCAUCAGCAUCCAACAAACAACAGGUAGCAAUAACUGUUGCACAUGAGUUGGCUCACCAAUGGUUUGGCAAUCUUGUGACCAUGGAAUGGUGGACUCACUUGUGGCUAAAUGAGGGUUUUGCUUCCUGGGUAAGCUAUUUAGCAGUGGAAUCUUUGUUUCCUGAGUGGAAUAACUGGACACAAUUCCUUGAUGAGACGACCUCUGGCCUCAGACUGGAUGCACUUGCAGAGUCUCAUCCUAUCGAGGUUGAAGUAAACCAUGCCAGUGAAAUUGAUGCAAUUUUUGAUUCCAUAAGCUAUGACAAGGGAGCUUCUGUUAUUCGUAUGCUACAGAGUUACCUUGGCGCAGAGCGUUUUCAGAAAGCUUUGGCUUCAUAUAUAAAGAAGUAUGCCUACUCAAAUGCUAAGACUGAAGACCUAUGGGCUGUUCUUGAGGAGGAAUCCGGGGAGCCUGUAAAGGAUUUGAUGACUACAUGGACUAAGCAACAAGGAUAUCCUGUCAUUUAUGCAAAACUUAAUGGGCAUGAUUUGGAACUUGAACAGGCACAGUUUCUGUCUGACGGAUCCUCUGGUCCUGGCAUGUGGAUUGUUCCUAUAACAUCUUGCAGUGGCUCGUAUGAUGCACAGAAAAAGUUUUUAUUGAAAGACAAAACUGAUAAGAUUCAUAUUAAAGAAUUCACUGCCUCUCAAAGUUCUGAUGGAGAGAAGGGUGAAAACAUUUGGAUCAAAUUGAACAUCGAUCAAACUGGAUUCUUUAGAGUGAAGUACGAUGAUGAACUUGCAGCUGGACUUGUAAAUGCAAUCAAAACCAAGAAGCUCUCACUAAUGGAUAAGAUUGGUAUUGUGGAAGAUUCAUAUGCCCUUUCUGUUGCUCGCAAACAAACACUGACAUCAUUGCUGCGACUGCUGAAUGCUUAUCAUGAUGAGUCUGAUUACACUGUGCUUUCACAUGUAACCUCUGUGUGCUUAAGCAUUUCUACAAUAUCUGUUGAUGCCACUCCUGACCUGAACAAAGAUAUCAAGCAGCUUUUGAUCAACCUUCUUCUUCCAACUGCCAUAAAAUUAGGCUGGGAUCCGAAGGAUGGCGAGAGCCAUCUUGAUGUAAUGCUUAGAUCACUGCUCUUGAUUGCCCUGGUCAGACUUGGACAUAAUGAAACUAUAAAUGAAGGAGUUCGGCGUUUCCAUAUCUUCUUUGAGGACCGCAAAACUUCCCUUCUUCCACCAGAUACUAGAAAGGCUGCAUACCUUGCUGUGAUGCGGACUGUUAGUACCUCAAAGAGAUCUGGUUAUGAUGCUCUCCUCAAAAUCUACAGAGAAGCAGCUGAACCCCAGGAGAAAUCCCGUGUCUUAGGCUCCUUGUCCUCAUCACCAGAUAAGGAUAUUGUUUUGGAAGCAUUGAACUUUAUAUUCACUGAUGAGGUACGGAAUCAAGAUUCGUAUUAUAUCCUUGGUGGCAUUAGCUUGGAAGGACGUGAAGUUGCAUGGACCUGGCUGAAGAAAAACUGGGAUCAUGUGUUGAAGACAUGGAAAUCAAGCUCGCUCAUAUCGGACUUCAUCAACUCCAUUAUUUCACCGUUCACCUCUGAGGAGAAAGCUGCUGAGGUUUCCGAGUUCUUUGCUGGCCGCAUCAAGCCGUCCUUCCAGAGAGCUUUGAAGCAAAGCCUCGAGAGGGUGCGGAUCAGCGCAAGGUGGAUCGAGAGCAUCAGGAGCGAGCCCAGCCUUGGUCAGACAGUGCAGGAGCUGCUGCAGGCCGGAGCAUAAACAUGCGUUCAAAAUAGCAGCUCCUUGGUGUGAUAAUGUCGUGGGAGUCCGCAUGACAAUGCUCUUGAAAAAGUUCUUCCGUGCGUGGUUCUGACUUCUGACGGUGUACUGUCGUUUGCUUGUAUAUGAUCUGUUGCGGAAAAUUGAAGUGGUGACGUUUGUUUAAUUGUUUCUAAGAGUGGUGUGCUAAGUCCAAGAUUAACAAACAUUAAUAAAGAAACUAAGUCUGUAUUUGUACAGAACUGAUUUACUUUCA